GCAGCUUCUCGACCACGACGACCUCGCCGGGUCCGCGGACCGCUCAGACUUGCUCUCGUGCGGGGGGAAAAAGAGCAGUGCGACGUCGCUCUGUGGCCCGGCGAAGCGCGGCGCGGACGUCCGGAGCGUUAGCAACCAGCUAACGACGUUAGCUCGUGUUGUGUUUUUCGCAGGCUAGCCCGUCUUGCCCUCACCGAACACGGCGACACCGUGGAGGGAAAGUGUGGCCCAACUUACGAGGACACUCGCUCAGCUGCGUGUAAGAAAACAACUCCCGACUUCUCUUCAAGUGUCCCGCUUUGGGAAGCGGAUGCUCAAGGUACAUAAAAGCAUGUCUGAUUCACUGUACGAGAAGUUUUUGGCACCGGAGGAGCCGUUCCCUCUCCUCUCCCAAAGGGCCAACCUCAGUGACGUGGGAACCCUGGAUGUCAGCGACUUUGGCUUCGCGCUCUCGUCUUGUCACAGAACCGAUCCCCUACACCGCUUCCACAGCAACAGAUGGAACCUCACUUCCUGUGGGACGAGCGUGGCCAGCUCAGAGUGCAGUGAGGAGCUCUUCUCCUCUGUGUCCGUGGGGGAUCAAGAUGACUGUUACUCCCUCCUGGAUGACCAAGAACUGACGUCGCUAGACUUGUUUCCAGAGGGCAGUGUUUGCAGCGACGUCUCCUCCUCCAUCAGCACCUACUGGGACUGGUCUGACAGCGAGUUUGAGUGGCAGUUGCCAGGAAGUGACAUUGCCAGCGGCAGCGAUGUCCUCUCCGACAUCAUCCCGAGCGUUCCGAGUUCCCCGUGUUUGUUUACCAAGAGGAAGCCGAAGCUCCACCCUCACCGUAACCUGGACGAACUACCUUGGAGCGCCAUGACCAACGAUGAACAAGUGGAGUACAUUGAGUAUCUGAGUCGGAAGGUGAGCACAGAGAUGGGCCUGAGGGAGCAGCUGGACAUCAUCAAGAUCAUCGACCCGUGUGCUCAGAUCUCUCCCACCGACAGCGAGUUCAUCAUCGAGCUAAACUGUCUCACCGAUGAGAAGCUGAAGCAGGUGCGCAGCUACAUCAGAGAGCAUAGCCCCAGGCUGCGGGCCAGCAGCAUCCGAGAGGGCUGGAAGAGGAGCAGCCACAGCAGCGCCAGCACCGGCGGCGUCAGCGGAGCCAGUAGCAGUAAUGCCAGCAUGGUCAGCUCGGCCAGCUCCUCCACCUGUUCCACAGCCUCCAACUCCGUAGCAGGCGGUACUGCCUCGGCCUGUAGUGGAAGCAGUGUUGCUAACAUCAGCAGAGCCCACAGCGAUGGAAACCUCUCCAGUGCUGCAGAACGUAUUAGAGACUCUAAAAAACGUUCAAAGCAGCGCAAGCUUCAGCAGAAAGCACUGCGCAAGCGGCAGCUGAAAGAGCAGCGACAGGCCCGCAAGGAGCGUCUGAGCGGACUGUUUCUGAACGAGGAGGUGCUGUCGCUACGGGUGACAGAGGAGGAGGACCGCGCCGGUGACCUGGACAUACUGAUGUGACACCAGUGAAUCAAUCAGUGCUCCCUCCACGCCUGCCCUCUCAAUGCCCAGCCGCUAGCAUAGAGCUAAGAGACCGCGCUAAUCCCCCGCUCACUGCACGCAUUCGCUUUAAAUAGGCUGAUGUUGCAUUUUGUAAAAAAAAAAAAAAGUCAUGUCGCGAGUAAUAGCUUUUAGUUGCCUUUAGCAUAGCUUGACAUACUGCUUGAUUAUACUAGUGUUAUGUGCUAUAACCGCUAGCUGCUGCAAGCGCUACUGAGGUGGCUACAGUGAUAAUGCUAAAAUACUGCUAAUGCUUUGAUUAGAUAUUGAGCUCAGUCGAACCUGCCUAUGGCCAGUGCUGAUGCUGCGACAGCCUAGAAGCUCACAGGCGCACAUAACUGUUCACUACUAAUGACGGUUAUUUAUUUCUGCUUAAUAGAGUUUACAAUAAAAACUGCUUAUAGAUGCUGACCCUGUGUAUAUCCACUGCUACUAACACCCCCACCACCACCGGCAGAAGGACAGAUCGGGCGAGCGGAAGCAGGGUUCGGCCAUUUUUGUGCAAAUGCUGCGAUGACAAGGUGACAGCACAUUUACUUUUUCUAAACGUUACAAGUGAAAUUAUCGUGCAUGUUUAUUUUGCGUUAUUUUAUGCAAUAUUGGCCAUAGUUAUUACCCACCUGCCCACAAAUAUUCCCCCAAGUUCAACAAAGCUGUUUCCAUCCUGGUGAAACUCUGUUGGACUGCAGCGUGAGUUUAACCGGCUGCCUCGUCAAAUUGAACAAAACAGGAGAUUUACUGUUAUUUAAAGUGCACACAACAACAACAGCACAAAAUCUUGGGAUUGAAAUCCUCACAUUAAUACAUGGCGUCUCCAAAAUGAUGAAUCCUAACUGAGAGAUGGAAAAGAACAAAGAAAAUGAAAUACUCCAAAUCUAACGAAGUUGCCAGAGACGAAGAGGUUGGUGACGUGGAAAAGGAGACGAGCCGGUCUGUCUUUCUACCCGCUGAGUGUUGUGGUUCCUUUUCACUCUGAAGGCGCAGAGGGAGCACUGACACGCCGCAUGUUUCACCCGCCGCUCCGCACCGAGCCUCCCGCGUUCGGUCCCGUGACUAACAAACUUGCAUCAUUAUUUGCUUACACCUGUUUAGCUUGCCUGUAUUGUAAAUAAAUGAUAAAUAACGGCAUAUUUACUGCUCGCUUUCAGCUUUUCCUUGGUGACGGUUUGAUUUAAGCUUUUUUCUUUUCUUCCUUUGUGUAUAUGUGAUGACAAAGUACUAAAUUAAUUGGUCGUCAUAGUUUAAAAACUUAGUUCAUUGUCACCGAUUCUUAACAAAAAUCUGAGUCUUAUUUUCAUGCAUUUAGUUGAUUUUUGUACUUGAUUUCGGUCUUCGUCUCAGAAAUCUUUUCAACUCGUAUCAAGUCCUCUUUGUGUGUUUUUUUUGUUUCCUACAAGCACUCUUGCUGUGUGUUUCUUCGAGCAGCCACAUUCAUGUACAUGAAUGAUCUGAGCACCAUCGUUAGUCUCGAGCAUUUAAGCAUUGCUGAAGUCUCACUGGGAGUUUUUCUGUCUGUGCUGUAUAUGACCGGUUUGGUUUUUGUUUCUUAAGCAUUUGCAUCCAAACAUUUAGCCAAUAGCUCAGUUUUCAGAAGACUUAAUUUAAAAACGUUAAACUUAGUACAAUCUACAACAAUGUUUGGAUCAAGCACUGACGCUUCAAAAAUAGCUCGAGGUGCAAGUUGAAACUAUCAUGCUAUUUUCAUAUUUGCGGACAGUAUAAGUCUUCUUUGGUCUACCUUGUAGGAAAAACCUUUCCCGCAGUGUCUCGGUUAUAACACGAUGAACCACUGUAGUUAUCGGCCCAACAGCCUGCUGUCCCUCAUGACAUCUUCUCAAGUGUACUGAGCUUUGGUUCCUGUCUCUCGUCUUGUGUUUACAGUUAUUAAUUACACCGAUUAUGUUGAAAGCAGCUUUAUGUAUUCUGUAGUAAUGAAUUAGUAAAACUCUAUUUUGGAAAAUGAGAUAAUUUUGAAAGAAAAAAAAAGAAACAAGCCACAGUGUGAUGCAAUAAAGUUACUUGUGUAUAUAAGGUACCAUGUAAUUGCCGAAAAACGAAUGGUAUUGAGUUGAUUAAACAUGGUUUGAAAAAUAA